CACGCAGCUGUCAGAAUGCAGUCUGCUCAUGAAAACAUUCAUUUAACGCAAGUUCGAGGUCCGUUGGAGCGUUUUUGUGAUUAUUCGAAUCUUUUGUGAAGACAUAAAUAGAACGCUGACGUCAUCCAAGCUACUUGCACUUUAAUUCGACAGGUUUCAUGUGUUGUGGAAAACCACCAUGUUCAACCCCAGUGAACUAGAAGGUGAAGUGGAUCACGCUUUUUUUGACAGUGAUUGUGAUAGUAGCAGCGUACACAGAAGGAAGAAAGUGGAGGAAGGUUUGAAGGCUGAAAAAGAGAACCCAGCGUCUCCUGAAAAGCCAAAUGUAAAGUACACUGCAACUGCAAAGGACGGUCUCUCUCCAAACAACAAUAAAAGUGGAAAGCACCUGAAUGGAGUGGAGAACAACAUCAAUAACAACACCAACAGCAGAGCCAGGAGGAGAGAGAGCAGUCGGCGGCCCAGCGGGUCAUCCACUUCUUGUACAUCGCAUGAAGUCAGCACUGAUAGCAGUGAUGGUGAAAACAAUUUGAAUGCGCAUCACGAAAGACCCAAAGGAUCUUUGUUGGCUUUACUUGCUGAAACCAGAGACGUGGAAGAUAACGAUGUCUCCAGCAAGAGUCGAAAUGAGACUGAAGAAGAAACAAGAACAUUCAAUGAGAGCUCGAAAAGGAGAACUAAACAUUCCACUAGAAAGCGUGCAAGAUGUCGACACACACAGAGUCCGUUGCCCUCGUCCACUGAAAACAGUGCAGAUGCGGACUUGGACAGCUCUUGCAGUAGUACCAGCCAGCGGAGCAGCUUGGAGUCCCCCACCCUCCCUAAACCCAGCAAGGCUUCUCUAUGUCCUGAAGUAAGAAGGACCAGAGUGGGAUCAGCAGUGUCACAGCAAGCACAGACGACCCCUACAGACGAAUCGGACUAUACGGUGACCGACGUGAGCCCUCUCCCCUCUCCUCACUCCAGCCCUCGACAGUCAUUGGAUCCUAACCAGGGAGAAGCUGAAGAGACUCAGCAAAAAGAGCAGCGCCAGGAGAGCGUGCCCUCCAGUGGACUCAGCAACAUUCAUGAAGGGGAUUCAGAUCGGGACAUGGACGAGUGUUCUUUCAGUUUAGAAAGUGAGCUUAGAGACAAACUGGUCAUCCACUAUCCAGGAGGAAGGAACAGGAAGAACUACUCCUUCACCAACGAUGAGGUCCGGCGAAUAGAUCGAGAGAACCAGCGACUUCUCCGGGAGCUGUCGCGCCUUUCCCCAGGGCCGCGAUCAGGAAGCGCAAUGACGAAGAAAUCCCAUGUGGCCACCACCUCUCCUCUCGUCCGCCUGUCUCACUCCGCUCUGAACAGGCAGCGGGACCAGCAACGAAUCGAGAGAGAGAACCUGGCUUUUCUGAAGAGGCUUGAGUCAGUCAAGCCUACGCCGGGUCUCAGGCGCUCGGAACAACUGGCAGAUUACCAGCGUCACGCCAGUUACCUGGGAGCUCCACUGUAUCCCGUCUGUACGUCCACCAGCAGGAAAGAGAGGCCGAGGAGCAGGACGUCCUCAGCAGGAGGACCGAGGCCAGCAGGCUCCAGAGCCGCUUCCACCACCUCUGACUCCAGCACUACACCCGCACCCAGGAAAAAGAAAAUGAGCGCAGCCCGGCCGGCCUGGUGCUGAAAACGCGGCCCUUUACUGAUGACAUUCCAUCUACAAUGAAGCACUCGACUGGGGUCUUUCACUUUUGUCUGCUGUUCCACUUUGAUCACAGAAAGUUGGGUUCUGAAGGUACAGGGCUCAGUGGUUUCAGAGAAUCUGCUCCUCAGCUUAUUUAGAAUGCAAACUUUUUUCUGCUUAGUAUAGAUUAAAUAUCAAGGAGUCACAAUUAUUCCAACAGUUAAAUAUAUCUUCUGAAGAUAAGAGUCUGCUUAUAUUACAUUUGCACCAAUUAUUGCUCACACAGCAGUGUCUCUGUUGAAAUUGUGAAGUUUAUGCCUUUUUUUUAUUUUCAAGGGGAUUUUUUAAAUCAAAUGUUUCUUUUUUCAUAUUUUUAUGAUUUCCAUUGCUCAAGAUAGAUUUCACUUUUUUUUAAAUCAAUUAAGUAGCUGUAUAUAUUUUUGUAAUAUGUUUAUUCUGGUCUUUGUAUGAUAAAGAUGCUUGUUAAACAAUUUUAAAAAGUGCUAUUUUGCAGCUUCAGAUAAUGUUUUGAUAUGCAUUCAUGAAUUGACUGUUUCAGAUGUUGUUACUGACAAGUUUAUUUUCAUUUUGCUUUGGUUGUUCACAACAAAUACUAGUUUCCAGUGUUUUUUAAACUUUAAAUCUGUGUCAGCAAUGCAUUGCAAAGAGCAAAAUGAGUCUAUUAAUGAAUUAUGACAGAAUUAAUAAUAAAGGUUAAAGUGUAGAAAAU